AUGGAUCCAAUUUUAGAAAAUGAAUCUGCAACAUCGGAGUCACCCUCCAAACAUGGGAAAUCAAAGCAAAAACACAAGAAAAAAAGGCACCAAGUUGAGACGCAGAAAGAAAGUCAAACAGUGGUAGGCGAAAGAAAAAGAUUUGUCGUCACUACAUUAUCUACAUCUGAUGAAAAGAACAUCCCCUCUGAAAGAGUAGCCCACAAUAAUGUGCAUACAAUACAUUUCGGCACUCGAGGAGUGGAAUCUCAAAGACCUCAUGUACGAUCAAUUUUUAAAGAAAAAUCUGCUGAAAGUUCUAGGCCGUCAAGCGCGGAGAGAGAUUCGAGCAACAGAAAAGAAUAUGAAACAUUUCACGGUACAUCUUCUAGUCCCCGAAGUUCUAUUUUUGAUAUAUUUCGGUUAAGAAGAAAAAGUGACUCAAAAAAACAUCAAAAUAUUAUACAAAACGUCAAAAAUAACCCUACAACUUCGAAGUCGGCCGAUACUGACGAAUCGUCUAAAGAUGAGAAAAGCUCAGAAGAAUCGAAAGAUUCUCAUAAGAAAUAUUAUCAUACAGUAACAGGGGUUUCUUCUAGAAAAUUUAGCCCAAUUACAAGGGUAAUGGAUAUUUUUAGAAAUAAACCACACCCAGAACAAAAUCAAUCUCCUGCAGAUGCUACGAAAAAGAAAAUUGCAAAACAAAUGCGCCGAUCUUCAAUAGAAACUACAUCACCAACAUAUCACAAAAAUUCAUAUGCAUCACUAGAGCCGGCACAGGCGAAACAGUUAUUUAGAGAAGUUCGUGGACUACCUAAAUAUGAUCCUUAUUUAUCAAUUGUGCAAAUAUCUGUUGGAGGAAGAGAUAAAACUAGACUUUUGUUAAAUUUUUUUAAAUAUCAUAAAUGUUACGAAAUAUUACCCAAGUCAGCAAAAGUUAUUAUAUUUGAUACACAAUUUCCAGUCAGAAAAACUUUUCCCACACUCGUAUCACAUGGCAUCAGGUCAGCGCCGUUGUGGGAUGCUAACAAGAAGUUACUGGUAGGUAUGAUUACGGUAACCGAUUUUAUUAGAAUUCUUUUGCAUCUUGAUGCAGAAAAUUUAUCCAUGGAAGAUCUAGAACGUCAUACAUUACAUAAUUGGAAAAAAAUAUUACGACCCACGAGAAAACCGUUAUGUAGUGUUGGUCCCGACCAAUCAUUACACGAAGCUAUAAAUUUACUUAGUAAAAAUCGUGUCCAUCGCCUUUUAAUGAUAGAUCCCUUCACUGGAGAUGGUUUGUACAUUUUAUCUCAUAAGAGAAUACUAAGAUUUUUGUUUGUAUAUUUGAACGAAUUCCCUGAAUUAACUUUUUUCCAUAAAACAUUAGUAGAAUUAAAAAUUGGUACUUAUGACGAGAUAUUGUCUGUUACCGAAAGCACUAGUAUUAAAGUAGCAUUUCAGUUGUUAUUAGAAAAAGACGUGUCAGCUUUACCGAUUUUAGAUGAAAAUGGAACCCUUAUUGACGUGUAUGCAAAAUAUGAAGUUUUGAACUUAGUAAGCGAUAAAUUAUAUCUUAAUUUGUCAUUAACUAUUGGUGAAGUAAGGAACAGAAAGAAAGACUGGGAGGAAAAGUUACAAAAAUGUCGUUCAAGUAUUACUCUUUACGAGGCCUUAGAAGUAAUAGUUAGAACUGAAAGUCAUCGAUUAUUACUAGUAAAUAAGGAAAAUAAGUUAAUAGGAAUUGUUUCGUUGUCUGAUAUUUUAUUGUACCUUAAUAGAAUAAUUCCCACAGAGAAGAAAGUGUCUUCACUUCAAGAAAUAUUUAGACCCCUUGAGGAAAACAAAGUACCCGAGUCAGUUAAAGAAUGUGAUAACGAAGUCAUCUCCAUUGAAGUACCAAAAUUUGUAGUGCAAACUGUACCUGAGGCUAAUGAGGCCGCGUCGAAAUCAAAUAGUGCUACUAAUAUUACUUCAGUGGAUGUGACACCUACGAACGAUUUAGAGACUGACGUUGAAGAUAAUAGUAAUAAUACAAACAUUAUCGUUAACAAUAAUGAUUCUAAUUUAGAUGUGCAAACAUAA